AUCCCGUGCUAUAUUUUGCAUAUAUAUAUACACACAAAGUUAGUAGUGAGUUGCAAAUUUAUAACGGUUGUGUUAGACAAGAAACUUGCAUUUGUAAAAAUUCUAAGAGAAUGGCUAGAAUAGCAGCUGUAAAGACAUCUUUAGAAAAAGUGUUGCACGAUGAAAGUAGAAUCUGGACCAAAUAUUUGGCAAAAGUUGAGAAAAAGACAGGAGUUGAUCGACUCUAUGUGUUUUUAGGUGGUACCGGGUUUAUAGCAUUAUAUUUGGUAUUUGGUAUUGGACAACAACUAGUCAGUAAUGUUUUUGGAUUUUUAUAUCCAGCCUAUUGUUCUAUGAAAGCUUUAGAAAGUACAAAUAAAGAGGAUGAUACAAAAUGGUUAACGUAUUGGGUUGUAUGCGCAAUUUUUACAAUUGUUGAAUUUUUCUCAGAUUAUAUUUUAUGUUGGUUUCCAGUUUAUUGGCUUUUUAAGUGUCUAUUUUACAUGUGGUUGAUGGCCCCUAUGGAUAAUAAUGGCUCCUUAAUUUUAUACCGCCGUAUUAUUAGGCCAUACUUUUUACGGUAUCACCAUAAAGUUGAUCAGUUUAUAUCAUCUGCUCACGAUGCAGCAAUUAAAGUGACAGCAAAUGCUCUGUUGACAGAGAAGAAAGAUUAAUUUCUAAAAUUUUGCAUCCCAUAGGAAUAAAAAUUUUGUAUAUUUUCAGUCUUUUUCUUAUUACUUUUUUUUUCUUUAUAAUAAGAAACAAAAAUAUAUUUGACAUUCUGAUUAUAUAAAUCCAUUUGCAUAUUAUGUAUAUUAUAUAAUUUUUCAAAUGAUGUUUUAUUAUUACACAGGUAAUUUAUUUUAAUUUCAAUUUAUACAAUUUGUAAUUCUUUCUUCCAGUAUCGCCAAAAUAGUGUGCUUAAUUUCAAAAAAAUGUAACACUAUUCUUUAUUUCUUUUUUUACUUUUUAAUUACAGGGUGAUUCUCUCGCUACUCAAGACAAAAGUCGUACCGCACAAUGGAACCUCUACUGUUUCGUUUCUUGUCUUCGUCUCAGCCAUCAACACACAGAGCAGUUUUGGGUCCGGCGAUAUGAUCCCUGGGUCUCUUUACCCGCAAAACCAGCAGGGUUCGAUUGUGCGGCACGGCUUUUGUCUUGUGUAGCGAGAGAAUCACACUGUAUUAUGAUCCUUAUUAAAGUUUAUUUUACAAAAUUUAUGAUCUGAUUUUAUAUGAUAUUAUUGGUGUUAAUGGCAUGCAUUUUGAUAAUUUUACUAUUAAUAUAUUUUUACUAAUACAGUCAGUAUGAAUUACAGUUUGGUUCUGUGUUUUUGUUGUUAUAAAUGUUAUUACUUAAUCUAA